AUAAACAUUUCCCAAAUUCUGAAUCCUCAAUUUCAAUCUCAACCCACUUUCCCAAAAAGCCAAUGGCGGAGCUCAAGGAGACUUUCGCGUGCGUGCCGUCGACGGAGCGCGGCCGCGGCAUUUUGAUUUCAGGCGAUCCGAAAACGAACUCAAUCCUCUACACCAACGGCCGAUCCGUCAUCAUUCGCUACCUCGACCGCCCGCUCGAGGUCAAGGUCUACGGCGAGCACAUGUACCCCGCCACCGUGGCGCGCUACUCGCCCAACGGCGAGUGGAUCGCCUCGGGCGACGUGUCCGGCACCGUGCGGCUCUGGGGGACGCACAACGAUUUCGUCCUCAAGAAGGAGUACCGUGUCCUCUCGGGCCGGAUCGAUGAUCUCCAGUGGUCUGCCGAUGGCGAGCGCAUUGUCGCAUGCGGCGACGGCAAGGGGACAUCCUUCGUUCGCGCAUUUGUGUGGGACUCAGGAAGCAAUGUUGGAGAAUUUGAUGGGCAUUCAAAAAGAGUUUUGAGUUGUGCCUUUAAGCCAACAAGACCUUUUCGAAUUGUAUCAUGUGGCGAGGACUUUUUGGUUAACUAUUAUGAAGGACCUCCAUUUAAGUUCAAGAUGUCACACAGGGAACACUCAAAUUUUGUGAAUUGCAUUCGCUUUUCUCCUGACGGGACCAGAUUUAUUACUGUAAGCUCUGACAAAAAGGGUGUACUUUAUGAUGCAAAGACUGGAGAAAUGAAUGGGGAGCUGACUUCUGAGGAUGGUCACAAGGGCAGUAUAUAUGCAGUUAGUUGGAGUCCUGACAGCAAAAGGGUCAUAACAGUGUCUGCUGACAAAACUGCCAAGGUGUGGGAGGUAUCUGCUGAUAGUAAUGGAAAUCUGGUAAAAACAUUGACGUGUCCUGGAUCUGGUGGAGUAAAUGACAUGCUAGUUGGUUGUCUAUGGCAGAAUGAUCACAUAGUCACUGUUUCUCUUGGUGGCAGUAUUUUUCUGUACUCUUCCACUGAUCUUGACAAAGCUCCUCUAGAAUUAUCUGGACACAUGAAAAAUAUUAAUUCACUAGUACUGCUGAAAGGUGUCCCCCAAAUUAUACUAACGACAAGUUUCGAUGGCCAAAUAAUUAAGUGGCUUCAAGGUAAAGGGUUCUCUGGAAAGCUAGAAAGGAAUGUUAGCACUCAAAUUAAAUGUUUUGAAGCUCUUGAAGGAGAAAUAGUGGCAUCAGGAUUUGACAACAAGGUUUGGAGAAUUCCUAUGCUUGGAGACCAAUGUGGGGAUGCAGAUAGUGUUGAUAUUUCCUGUCAGCCCAGUGACUUGAGUCUUGCCAUUCUUUCUCCUGAUCUUGUAAUGGUUUCACAUGAUACUGGUGUUACACUCCUCCAUGGUACAAAAGUUGUAUCCACUAUUGAUCUGGGGUUCACUGCGACAGCAUGUAGUAUUGCACCUAAUGGAAAUGAAGCUGUUGUGGGUGCUAAGGAUGGAAAAUUGCAUGUCUACUCUGUCCUGGGUGAUACACUGAAAGAAGAGGCUGUACUUGAAAAACAUCGAGGUCCUAUCACUGUCAUUCACUACUCACCUGAUAUUUCCAUGUUUGCAUCUGCUGAUUCUAAUAGAGAAGUUGUCGUUUGGGAUCGUGCUACUCAUGAGAUAAAGCUUAAAAAUAUGUUAUACCAUACGGCUCGAGUAAACUGCUUGGCCUGGUCUCCUAAUAACGAGUUGAUUGCAACUGGAUCACUCGACACAUGUGUCAUUGUAUAUAAAAUAGAUAAGCCAGCAGAUCAGCGGAUAACUAUCAAAGGAGCUCACUUGGGUGGAGUUUAUGGAUUGGCUUUUAGUGAUGACAACACUGUAGUUAGUUCUGGUGAGGAUGCUUGUGUCCGCAUAUGGAAGGUGACACCGCCACAGUGAUGUUUGAAUUCUGUGCUACUGGUUCCUUGAUACUUUGUUUCCUGUAAAUUAGAUGGAUAAGUUUAAGUCUGUUAUUCUACUUUUGGAAGGGAAAGACAUUAUAGCUCGCUUGAGAUGUCCUAAACGGAUUUUGCUCUCUUGCUGCCAUUUUUGGUCGUUUGCUGACAACUUCAUCUUAUUGAUAUCGGAAGCUAGCUACAGAGCUGUCUGGGCUUUUGUGAUGAAUAAGUUAUUGUACGCAUGCCUCUCUUUCCAUCUCCAUCGUUAGAGCUUGUGAAACGCUGCGUGUGGUGCUCGUUUUUGAAGGGCUCCAAGAUUCAGCAUCUUGGAUUUGCUUUGAAGGUUAGAUCAAAUAAUAUGUUGAUGCCUUUUGAGUUUAUUUUUGUUCUUUGUCAGUUCGUUUGUGAGACUUUUGUCUUUGUUUUGAGUUGUAAUGAGUCAUUUUGGUGAUGUUAUUUGUGUUAUGUAAUUAGUUUUGGUUGUUUGGGUUUUGUAAUUGUUGGCAUAUAACUUAUAUUACAUUCAACUUAAUGUCAUCUCUCUUUUCAAUUUAUCGUAAGAAAAUAUUCGUGACA